CCACUCCCCACGCCUCAUAGUGGCGUGAUAGCAACCAUGAUGCUUAAACAGGGUGUGCAGCAGAGAAUCGCUGCGGGUGCCACUCAGAGCACCCGCAGCUGCGUUGUUGAGGCCCAUGCGCAAGCCUCCAGCCGUCAAGUGAUUACGCCUUUUGCUCCUCGCGCUAGUGGCAAGACCGCAUGCCUGGGCUUCGCUCGCAGCGCCGCAUCGGUCAGCGGCGGCAGGGCUCGCAGCCUGGUGGUUCGCGCCGCCGCGUCUGCUAGCCCUUUCCCCAAGAGGAACGCUCGUCUAGUGCUGGAGGAUGGCUCGGUCUGGCACGCGACUGCUUUCGGCGCGACCGGCACGGAGAUUGGCGAGGUCGUGUUCAACACCUCGCUCAGCGGCUACCAGGAGAUUAUGACGGACCCCUCUUAUAAGGGCCAGUUUGUCGCCUUCACGUGCCCGCACAUCGGCAACGUCGGGAUCAACCUAGAGGACAUGGAGUCCACCAAGUGCCACCUGGGUGCCAUCAUCGUGCGCGACCUGUCCUGCGUCGUGUCCAACUACCGCUCGCGCAUGUCGCUGGACGAGUACUGCAAGAAGGAGAACGUCAUCGGCCUGGCCAACCUGGACACGCGCGCGCUGACCAAGGUGCUGCGCGAGACGGGCUGCCUGGUGGGCGUGGUUACCACCGACGCCUCCAAGACGGACGCGGAGCUGGUGACGAUGGCCAAGGGGUGGACCAUCGUGGGCAAGGACCUGCUGAGCGUGGUGUCGUGUACGGAGCCGUACGAGUGGGGCAAGGGCACUACCGACGAGUGGGAGUUCAACCACCGCGCCAAGCUGAACAAGCAGCACGGGCCCUUCCACGUUGUGGCAUACGACUUUGGCAUCAAGACCAACAUCCUGCGCCGCCUGGCCUCAUUCGGCUGCCGCAUUACCGUGGUGCCCGCCACCUACCCCGCCUCCGAGGUCCUCAAGAUGAACCCCGACGGCGUCUUCUUCAGCAACGGCCCCGGUGACCCGUCCGCCGCCCCGUACGCGGUGGACAACGCUAAGGCCAUUCUGGGCAAGAAGCCCGUGUUCGGCAUCUGCAUGGGGCACCAGGUUCUGGGCCAGGCGUUUGGCGGCAAGACCUUCAAGCUCAAGUUCGGGCACCACGGCGGCAACCACCCCAUCCGCUACAUGCCCACUGGCCGUGUGGAGAUCUCGGCGCAAAACCACAACUUCGCUGUGGACCCCUCCACCCUGCCCGCGGGCGUGGAGGUGACCCACAUCAACCUCAACGACGGGACAUGCGCAGGCAUGGUGUUCAAGGAGAAGAAGGCCAUGACCAUCCAGUACCACCCCGAGGCCUCCCCGGGGCCCCACGACGCCGACGUGUGCUUUGAGCAGUUCGUGGACAUGAUGCGCGCCGAGAAGGCCGCGCACGCCAGCGCGUAAGACAGUGCGUGCAGCAGCAACUGCAACGACAGGAGCAGCAGCACGGAGAUGUUGAUGCUGGUGGCGUGUGUGCGACUAGUGUCUGGUGUGUAUAGAAUAUGGCGGCAACAUGACGACUUGUGACAGGAGACGAGCCCUCGCGCGCGGGUUGGCGUUCUGGCUGAUCCGCUGCCAGGCCGCGCCGGGCUGGGGCGUGGUAACCGGUAGGGUGGUGGAAGCGGCAGGCGGUAGUGCCCGCAGCGCGAAGCUUUGGGGGCAGCGUCUGCGCUGCCGACUCGCACGCACUGACCGUGCUGCCACCACAGGAACUUGUAGGGGGAGAGGGGCAUGCGUAGGGUGACGGAUGCUGCUCGCCCUGCAUUGUAGCUGAUUCUUUGUUGUAUCAUCGGGGGCUGUACCGACUGUGACUUGAGAGCAGAUGAACAUGAGGACUACUUGCGGGCGUGACGGUGAUUGUUUACGCACACGCGCGCUGCGCAGGGAUGAGGGCGGUGCAAGCUCCGAGGUGUGCAUUGAUGCGUGGGGAAGCUGCAGCCCUCGGAAGUUGCGAUUGACACUGAGCAGCACUGUGCGGUGCCUGCUGUGACAGGCGCGCCGGUGUCGACGUGUUGGGUGGCUUGCUCGCGCGCCACUGCCAGCUGGCGGGAGCGCCGAAGAGGAUGGGUCUCUACGAUCUGCACUGUAUAUGGCUGAGAAUGCUGGCCCUAAUU